UCAAUUGUUGUGUACGAACUUGCACCGCGUACAAUAAAGUAACAACACGUGAAAAUCAGUUUGCCACGCAGACGAGCUGUUUCUCGUUGCUGCCGACAACAACGUUGCCAAUUAAGGGCUUUAGCUAACAAAGCGGACAACUUGCCAACUAAUUAUUUCGAGUAACACGGAUGCUCGUGCGCCUGCAUAUUUCAGUGAUUUGAACGUUUAUCGACUUGAAAGUUGAAAGUGGAAUAAUUUGCUUUCUGGGAGAAGGAAAAGGGAAAGGUACUACUGCGAAUACCUUGCUGGCCGGAGAGCGAGGGCGAGGACGGGGGGGAAGGCUCGAGAAAUGCAAAGAAAAGUUAUAAAGUUGUAAAGGGCAAGAAGAAAGUGGGGUAAAAAUAAGCGACGAAGAGGGAAAGAAAUUGCAAGAGUGCGGAUGCGCGACUGCAUGCGCCGCUACAGCGACGCCAUAGUACCGCAACCCGCCGUCCACCGUCGCCUCGGCGCCACAGUCUCUCUCCCCGCAUGCACGGAGCCGGCUGAAAAUUAUCGUGCAACUCUUUCCUUCUUCUCUCCCUUGUAACGUGUGUUUCGACUGUUUCGACGCGCUUCUUCAAAAAUGGUACUCGCGAGCACAAACUUAUCGAAUCCACGUCGAGAAGAGCGGGAACAGCGAGACCAGCGAGAACAAGAAGAGUGCUCGCAACAUAUAUAUCGGUGCGAAAGGAGCAGAGAAUUGUCGCGAGAACAGGAGAACCAGCAUCGCAUGUCGUCGCGGAAUGGUAACCCGGAAGAAAUCUCGGUGUCGAAUUUAAUAGAUGGAGAGAGUUUGUGCUACAGUUUAGCUCUGAUACGCGGCCGAGUGACGGCAGCAGCGGCCGCGGCCUGCAACUCGAUCACUCUGAGGAAUCAGAGGAUUCAAAGCUCGGCCGAGUGGCCGAUCGUCGCUGGGGAAUUCCGCGCCGUGGUCGAACUAGCGCGAGGACCGAACAAAUUGGAACUGGAAGCGGCUGGACGGAAGAAGAAGCUGAUCUUAACCCACGAGCCGAGAACCACGAGAUUACGCGUGACGCCGGUUUACGUGAUCUGCGCUGGCCACGACGGAUACUUCCAAGGUCCUCGGGAGGAGGAUCGAUCGCCGGAGAGCGCGGCGACCAGGAUAGGUCUCGGCGCCCGCCUCUUGCAAGCUCUCACCGCCGAGAAGCUCCGAGAAGCGGGCUACGAGAGGAAGACCUUUCAGCUGGAAAGAGAUUUGGACGGGCCGGAAUGCUUGGUGAUGCACAGUAUGCUCGACGUCGACAGAGCACGCGCGAUGAGUCAACGGGAGCUUUGGGAGUUGAUCGCGCGGGAACUGAUGACCGGUCCGCUAGCCUCGAAGCAUCGGAAGUAUCUCGCGUUUCUCUCUUGCACGAGAUACCGAGGCGCGCCGCACCCUCGCACGCACGAGGACACCCUCGCGAGAACACAGGGUCACGCGGCGCUCGGCGGCGGUGGAUUGGCUCUGUUCGGCUCGGCGUGCCUUCACACCUGGCCAACCUGCAUGAGUCAAGUGUUGCCAAGAUUUCUAGACGCGACGGUCAUCGAUACGGAGCAACUGAUGGACGACAGCAAUUACCGCGGCACGCACGGCGGCUGUUUCGCCACCACCCUCGGUUCCGUUCUCCACGAGUUGGGUCACACCUUUGAUCUCGGCCACACUCGCGAGGGCAUAAUGGGCCGUGGAUUCGAUUACGUCGACAGAGUGUUCGUCGGCGCCGCCGGAAUCGACUUCAAUCGAAAUCCCAUUUUACGGAAGGACCCGCAACACACGACGGUCGCGUUGAGCAGACCGCUCAACGUCACGGUUACCGUCCAGCAACCGUUUACUUUCUUCGCCAGUCCACGAAGGAGUCGUCUGCUUUCCGAAACGUCCCGGCCCUCGCCUUCCCAGAGUCCUCCGCGAUUGCCCGGCAGAUUAUCCGCGCCCGCUAGUCCGGAACUGAACAGAUCUUUCUCGAAAAGUCUGCUUCAAGCGCAAACCGCUUCGAUCGAGCAAACCGCCUCGAAUUCGCAAACCGACCGGACAUUUUGGACACCCUCGUGCGCGGCUUUUCUCGCCUAUCAUCGAUGGUUCAACAACGAAAUGGACAACGUUCCUAAUCGUCGCUUCUACGACAUCGACUACGACGGGAAAAGAAACGUGGUGAGAUCGCGUUUCGGAGUACGAGUGAUAGAACUGAGAGAGACCUCGGGUGGAAUGGUAUGCGGCUCUCGACAGUUUCCUGGGAAUCGACCACCUUUGGAAGCGCUGGUCCCACCGAGUCCACUUCAUUGCCUUACCGCGCUGACUCUCGUCGCCGAAGAUUCGGCUGGCAAUGUGCUUAAAUAUCCUUUACCGACGGCAUUUUGAAGUUUUCCGCUCGUUGCUCGUUGCCACGACCCAAAACUUUCAAACGAACACGCAACCAGUGCCAACUUGUACAAAUCGACGCAAGUGCAUUAGUUUCCACGUAUCGUGUAUUUAUACGGGGUAACGCUUUGGCCCGAACAAACUCAAACUUCAAAUCAAAUAUAUGUCUGCCUCUUAGUAGCUGUGAUUUUAUCGAACCAUUUUUCACGGGUACGCUGUAUUUUAAGAAACGGACUCUUUCAUUUUCUGUCCAACGCUCGCUAGGCGAAACUAGACGAAAACCUUCCUUCGCCGUCGUUUACAGGCAUUCUAGUAUCCUCUCGUAGUAAUGUACUAGAAAAAUAAAGAGCGAGCGAAUAUGCUUCACUGUAUCUGUUCGAACGCAAGAACUUUUUACAAUGUUAUAAUCGACGCAUCGGAGCGAACGUAAAGAUUGUGAUAUCUUUUAUAAAUGUCAUUUCAAUCGCGUUCCAAUCAAAAUGAAAAGCAACGUUUCCGAUAGAAUUGUACUUACUUGCUACAUAGCGAUCAGGCGUAGGCAUCGCAUCGACCUGUGGAUGUACUUGAUUAUAUGUGAGAAAAAACCAAAAAUUGUAACACUUUCAUUUGUAGCUAACGAUUCACGAGAACUUUAUACAUGAAUAAGUAAAGAAGUAAAUAAGCAAGCAAGUAAAGUAAGUAAAGUAAGUAAAGUAAGUACACACGUGCCGUUUCAUAACGGUCGAAUCGUGACAAACGCCGCCGAAGACUCGAAGCAACUAGAAUGCCUUAUCGGUGAUAAUAAUAAAAUAGACAUAAUA